GUAAACUGACCACGUCGCUGCCAUGUAGGUCAUGGGACAGAGCAGGAAACUGCCUCUUCUUACCGUGUCCAGGGUUUGUGGAGAUUCUCACAGUACUUCUGCACAGAGAGUUGCAUUCAUACCUACAUUCCUCGUUCCACAGACCCUGAUCAAGCAUAUGAUGGCUUUCAUUGAGCAGGAAGCCAAUGAAAAGGCUGAAGAAAUAGAUGCUAAGGCAGAAGAAGAGUUCAACAUUGAGAAGGGUCGGCUCGUGCAGACGCAGAGACUGAAAAUCAUGGAGUACUAUGAAAAGAAGGAGAAACAAAUUGAACAACAAAAGAAAAUUCAGAUGUCCAACCUGAUGAAUCAGGCAAGAUUGAAGGUCCUCAGAGCAAGAGAUGACCUUAUUGCUGACUUGUUGAAUGAAGCCAAGCAGAGACUUGCCAAGGUGGUGAAGGAUACUGCUAGGUACCAAGCUCUACUGGAUGGACUAAUUCUUCAGGGAUUCUUUCAGCUGCUUGAGCCCAAGGUGUUUGUUCGUUGCCGGAAACAGGAUCUCCCUUUGGUAAAGGUUGCUGUACAGAAGAGCAUUCCUGCCUACAAAACUGCUGCAAAAAAAGACAUUGAUGUUCAUGUUGACCAGGAAACAUUCCUGCCAGAGCAAAUUGCUGGAGGUGUUGAAAUCUAUAACAGUAAUGGGAAAAUCAAGGUUUCCAAUACUCUGGAAAGUCGGCUGGAUCUCAUAGCCCAGCAGAUGAUGCCAGAAAUCCGAGUGGCACUCUUCGGUGCCAAUGCCAACAGGAAGUUUUUGGACUAAACCUCUUUGAGGGAAAGUGGAAUCUGUUCCACUGCCAUACUGAAGAGAUGCAAAAGUGUCUGCUAACUUUAAUCUUGAAAUGUACCUAUUCAAUGCUCUGUCAUCCAAUUUAUGUUCUUCAGUGGAAUAACUUAGCAUACCUGCUGUGCUUAGCCUGACUCAAUUUUGUGGUGAUUUAUGUAUUGAUCAAAAUGAGGGGAUGACCAACUCAUCUGGAAGUGACACUAGAAAAUGGAGAGUGUUGGGCUCUUGGCUCUGCUCUGUAUUGCUGUGGCUAUAAGACUAGUGGUCCAGUUAGGCCAACUCAUUCUGUUGGCCACUUGUCUUUUCAUGUUACCUAGUCUUUGACCAUACAAUAUGCCUAUGGGAGCUCUCUUUCCAAUUAAGGUCUUCAGUGUUGUGCAGGGAGCAUGCGUUCCUCCCCAGGGUUAAUAGUCUGACUUGUGUUACUUGCUCAGGGCCAGAGUUUCCUGUUCUGUAUAUGUGAUUUAAAAAAAGAAGCCUGAGCCUGUACUACUUUAUUUAUUAAAAUAAAAAGGUGUGUGUCUACA